AUUUUGAUCGUGAUAUUUUGGAAAUUUUUUCCAUCACUCGAAAAUUUUAGUCUUAUUAUUUUUCGAGUGGCAAUAAACGAACAAAAAGUUUACUUAAAAAUCAAGAAUUUCUUGGAAGUCAUUUUAGUAUAAAAAAAAUUAUAACUUUAAAGCCUCAAAAGAACAAAAAAAAAAUUAAAUAUGUGGAAACUUUCAUUAUUAUGCAUUUUAUCGUUAUCAACGUCAUUUACUGUAGCCCAACGAGUUGCUCCUGGUGUAGCUCCAGGUCAAUAUCAACAACCACAAUACCAAGCUGGACAACAACAACAACAUCCGCCUCCACCUCAAUAUAAUCAACAACAACAUCAUCAGCAACAACCUCCAAAUGUUAAUCCACAACAAUAUCAUCCUAAUCAGCAGGUACCAGUGCAACAUGUCGAUCAAUAUGGAAAUGUUGUUCAACAACAGCAACAGCAACAACAUGUUCCCCAACAUCAACAGCAGCAACAACCAUCUCAGCAAGUUUAUCAACAGCCACAUCAUGACGAUCACGGAGGACAUGGAGGUCAUGGUCAACAAGUAUUACACACAGGCAAUCUGAUGCAAGAGAAAGAUCACAUUGCUGAGCAUAUGGAAGUUCCAAUUGAUACAAGUAAAAUGUCAGAACAAGAACUUCAAUUUCAUUACUUUAAAAUGCACGAUGCUGAUAACAAUAAUAAAUUGGAUGGAUGUGAGCUUAUAAAGAGUUUGAUUCAUUGGCAUGAACAAGGAAGUAAACAGCCGGAACAACAGCAAGUUCCUCAUGUCGAAGAAAAGAUAUUUUCCGAUGAGGAGCUUAACACAUUAAUUGAUCCAAUACUUACUAGUGAUGAUAUCAAUAAAGACGGAUUCAUUGACUAUCCUGAAUUUAUUCGAGCACAACAAAAGGCAGCUGCAUCAAAUCAACAAAAUAGAUAACGCGAAAGACGUUGGAAAAAAAACUCCUAAGUAUAAAGACUGAUAGAAAUGUCUUUGAUCAAUAAUGACGACUAUUUUUGUUCAUUCCAUAUUGACUUCCAUUUCAUGUAAAUUCUGUCGUGCUUAAUUUUUAUUAAUUUACUUUAACUUUUUUUUGUUGACAUUUUGGGAGGAUAAGGAGGAACUAAAUUAAAAUCAUUCAUAUAUUCUUAUUUCAUCACACAAACAAAAAAGAUAAGGCGAUAACAAUUUCUAUAAGAAUAUCCAUUGUGACGUGCAACUAUAUUUAUUUUUCGAGAAAUCUCAUCCACAUUUCUGUUUUUUUUAUUUCAAAUAUUUUUU